UGUCUGCUUGUCAGUCAGGUUUGAUAUCGACUUACUUCUAUUUAUUCCCUUGAAGCCCCCCUCCUCAUUUCCCACCCUCACAGCAACUCCUUCAAGCUUCCUUUUCUUGAAAAUGGCUCUUCUUGGAUUUCUUGCAGUUGGAUUUCUCUCACUUGUCUCAUCUGCUCAUGGAUACUAUGGAGGUUGGAUUAAUGCCCAUGCCACCUUCUAUGGAGGUGGUGACGCUUCUGGCACAAUGGGUGGAGCUUGCGGUUAUGGUAACCUCUACAGCCAAGGUUAUGGAAUUAACACAGCAGCACUAAGCACUGCAUUAUUUGACAAUGGCUUGAGCUGCGGAGCUUGCUUUGAGCUCAGGUGUGUGAAUGAUCCACAAUGGUGCCUCCCUGGCUCCAUUGUUGUCACUGCCACUAAUUUCUGCCCACCAGGAGGCUGGUGUGACCCUCCCAACCAUCACUUUGAUCUCUCUCAACCAAUCUUCCAACACAUUGCCCAGUACAGAGCUGGUAUUGUCCCAGUAAGUUACAGAAGGGUAAGCUGCAAGAGAAGUGGAGGCAUUAGGUUCACGAUCAAUGGACAUUCCUACUUCAAUUUAGUACUGGUAACCAAUGUAGGUGGAGCAGGCGAUGUACAUGCAGUAGCCAUAAAGGGUUCAAGAACUAGAUGGCAACCAAUGUCAAGAAACUGGGGCCAAAACUGGCAGAGUAACUCUUACCUGAAUGGACAGAGUCUCUCUUUUCUAGUCACCACCAGUGACAGCCGUAGUGUGCUCUCUUACAAUGUUGCCCCUGCUGGCUGGUCCUUUGGCCAGACAUACACUGGAAGCCAAUUUCGAUAUUAAUAAGCAGAGCCUUUCAGUCUCUCAUAAGAUGCAUUAUUAAGCUACAGUAUGGAUUGAGCAACUACUAAUUAGUGCACCUUUGGUAAAACAGAGUGCACUUUAGAAGAGAUCUUGGGGGAUCAAGAUUUCUCAUGAAUUGGCCCUUUUUGAUUUCUCCCCAUAGUAUUGAGUUUUUGCAGUUGAAGAAUUGGCCACGAAUCAAGCCUCAAGGCUUUACUUAUAACUGCUGUGUUGAGGGAGAGUAAAUUAAGUCAGUUUUUUCAUUGCUGUUACUGUAUCAACUUAUAGACGCAAGUCCUUCUGAAUAUGCUUUAUGCAAAAAAGGAAGAAAAAAAAAAUGUAUUUUUACUUGUUUUGAGUAUGCUUAUGCCCUAAUUAAUUCAAUUUGCUCCGCAAAAUCAUUUAUGUUA